AUGUCACGCAGAUUCGAUUUGAAGACUAUAACAGAUCUGUCAGUUCUAGUUGGAACGGGAAUCUCAUUGUAUUAUUUGAUCAGUCGAUUACUCAACGAUGCCGAAUCAGGACCCUUAUCUGGUAAAUCAAAGGAAUCAAAGGCUAAGCAGUCUUUACAGUGGGAAAAAUUGAUAAAAAGAUCACCGGCACUGGCAGAAGUAUCGUUGGACUCAUAUGAAAAGACUAUACUGUCGUCGAUUGUCACGCCCGAGGAAAUAAAUAUAACUUUUCAAGAUAUUGGUGGUUUGGACCCGCUUAUUUCUGAUUUGCAUGAAAGCGUUAUAUAUCCCUUAAUGAUGCCAGAAGUGUAUUCUAAUAGCCCUCUGUUACAAGCUCCUAGCGGAGUCUUGUUAUAUGGGCCUCCAGGCUGUGGUAAAACCAUGCUGGCAAAAGCUUUAGCUAAGGAGAGUGGUGCCAACUUUAUCUCCAUAAGAAUGUCAUCUAUUAUGGACAAAUGGUACGGUGAAUCAAACAAAAUAGUUGAUGCAAUGUUUUCAUUGGCGAACAAAUUAGAGCCUUGCAUAAUUUUCAUUGAUGAAAUUGAUUCAUUCUUGAGAGAACGUUCUUCCACCGAUCAUGAAGUUACUGCGACUUUGAAAGCCGAAUUCAUGACUUUGUGGGAUGGUUUAUUAAACAAUGGACGAGUAAUGAUUAUUGGUGCUACUAACCGGAUAAAUGACAUAGACGAUGCGUUUUUAAGAAGAUUGCCAAAAAGAUUCCUUGUUUCGCUACCUGGUUCAGGCCAACGGUUUAAAAUACUAAAUGUCCUACUAAAAGAUACUAAACUUGAUGAAGAGGAUUUUGACUUGCAACUAAUAGCUGACAAUACCAAAGGAUUCUCAGGGUCGGACUUAAAAGAGCUCUGCAGAGAAGCGGCCUUAGAUGCAGCAAAAGAAUACAUUAAGCAGAAAAGGCAGCUAAUUGACAGUGGCAAAAUCGGUGUUAACGAUACUUCUUCUCUGAAAAUAAGGCCAUUGAAAACAAAAGAUUUUACGAAAAAACUAAGGUUGGAUGUUACGAGUACAUUGUCGUCUCAACCUCUGGAUUAA